AUGGAGGAGGAAGAGAAUAACCAGCUGGCCUUCCUGGAUGUCCUCGUAUGCCGCAAGGAUUGUGGUGGACUAAAGACCAAAGUGUUCAGGAAUGCGACAAAUACGAUGCAAGUUCUGAACUUCAACAACAACCACCCAAUCAGUCACAAACGCAGUUGUGUAAGGACGCUCUAUCGGCGUGUCGAAACACACUGCAGUGAGCCGGAAGACAAGAUUGCUGAACUACAAUACCUCCGACGGGUAUUCAAAGCCAAUGGCUACCCGAGCAUCUUUGUCAACCGGUGCAUACGCACAAUGGACGCAAGGCCUAACCGCAGGGACACCACAGUUUGGCGAGCGCUUCCGUAUGUCAAGAACGUUUCGGAAGCUGUUGGCCGCCUUCUCGCACCGCUGGGGGUUGGAGUUGCACACAGGCCAAAGGCAACCAUCAAGCGUCAACUGAUGAAUCCAAAAGACCCACUGCCACGGCAAGAAACGUCUGGAGUCGUUUAUCGGAUCUGGUGCAGUUGCGGACAAAGCAACUACGUCGGAGAAACCGGAAGACAGCUCCGAACGCGAAUGGCCGAACACGCUGCAGCAGUGCGGAGAAAUGACGCCAGCUCUCAAGUUGCGGCUCAUUCGACGGGUUCCGGCCACACAUUCAAAUUUGACGAGGCCGAAAUUCUCGCAAGAGGUGACAACCGCGUGAGCCGGGAGCUGCAUGAGUCAUGGUUCACUGGCCCCCAGUCUAUUAACAAGUGCAAUGAUCUUCCCAUUCAAUACAGCGUGCUGAGACUUCGUUUAGGCGGAGAAAUUGGCCACGCGGGGAGCGCCCUGAUGAACACUCUUUCCAACACCCGGGUCAGCGCGUCAGAUGAUCGAGCAAUCAUCACACCAACAUCCAGCGCACGUGAUGAAAUUGCAGCAAUUAACGACGCGAAUAUCGACCAUCACGCCACGUGCAACGAUCCCUGA